GUAUUGUGUUCGCCGCUCAUGACGCCACAGUGACGUCAAUUGUUACGUGAACGAAUAUACCGACGCCCGCCAUGUUGCCAUUCCGGCUUCGCGACCCCCGACAAAUAUGGACGACGUGACGCUUGGGAUUGAAAACCACGAAGCACGAAAAUAAAAGCAAUUGUGUUUUUAUUAUUAUCGUGGUUUGCACCGGGGUUGUGCAGUUGCUAAUUUGUGCAAGUUGCCUUCAUAAUAUGUUGGAUUAAUUUGCAGUUCCGUCGCUGCUGUACCAGGCUUAUAAUAUCUCGGCAAACAUCAAACCAUUGUUGUGUUCGUCAGCGCGUCACGGUAUCCGUACCACACUUUCCUAUUUUUUUUGUAUUAUUUACUUUCGUUUGUGGGAGUGGUGGGGAUACAGGAUCAACUCACAUACUCACGGUUGAAGGGCGGAAUCGGGGUAAGCUGGGCGUUGUAGCAGAUCUGACGUAAAAGGGAGCAUUUUAUAGAGAAUAACAUCGUCAACACAGUAUUAUAAUAAUGUCUGGUGUUGUGUUGAGGCCCUGUACCAACACGGAUUGGGUAGACGAUAUACCACUUCCACCGGGUCAAACGAUAUUAGGAAGAGGUCCGUUUCUAGGGAUAUCGGAUAAAAGAGUAUCUCGUUCCCAUGCUAUUUUGGAAGUUGAUAGCGGCAAGUUGAGAAUUCUACCAACCCAUAUUAAUCCAACUUUCCACCAGAGGCUAGGAACUGACAAGUUGAGACCCUUAGCAAAGGAUGAAUGGCAAGAAUUAAAAAAUGGAGAAAAAUUUUCUCUAAUCCCUGAGUUUCAUAUUUUCAAAGUUGUUAUUGACGAGAAGCCCAUAAAUAAUACAUCAAGUAAUAGCUCAAAAACACCAGUAGAAGAAGAAAAUGGAAAAGAAACAAUAACUGAAAAUAAAAAGACUGAUGAUGUCGAGAGUGAUGAGAAGCCCAAUGGGGAGAAAUCGAAACCAUCAGCUGGAAAUGUUCAGGUUACAACUGUCAAGUUGGAAGACAAAAAAGAAGUUGCUUUACCAGUUCAACGAGAACGCAAGCUGCCAUCUUGGAUUUUAAAUGCAAAGCCAACACCAACAUCUAACCCAACAACAUUUGAACCAAGAUCUGUCGCUGCUAACAUUGCAGCCGCACCAACAGCUCCAAGAGGUAGAGGGAGAGGUAGAGGCAAACGUAAAUCCUCAGAAGACAACUCAUUUGAGGAAGCUGUUGCUAAGAAACCAGCUGGGAGAGGGAGAGGAAGAAAAAAGAAAGUUUAUGAAGAUGCUUAUUCAGAUGAAGAUGAUGAUGAGCUUCCUGUGAUACCAAGAGGCAGAGCACGGAAGACAUCAGAUGAAGAUUUUGACUUGGAUUGGAUGAUUAGUGAUGAUAAUGAUAAUGACGAUGAUAAUGUCAGCGACUGGGAAGAAGAGCGUAAAGGAAAGAAAACACCUAAAAAGAAGAGUACACGAAGACGAUCAUCCUCAAUCGUUGAAAAGAAGACUCCUCCACGAAGAGCAGCAUCUAGGAGAACGUACGCUGAAAUGAGUGACAGUGAUGAUGAAAUCUAUGAAGAAGACUUGUUACCAGCAAGACCCAGCAGUGGAAGGAGAAAGAAACAGGUGGUUGAAAAUAAUGCAGGUGAUGAUGAUGAUGACAGUCAGCCCAAGGAUAAGAAACCUUGUCCAUAUGGCAAGGAGUGCUAUAGAAAGAAUCCAGGACAUUUUCAGGAGUUUUGUCAUCCAGGUGAUUCUGAUUAUGUGACGUCACAGAGCGUUGAUGAUGAUGAAGCAGCAGAGGAGUCGUUACCUGAGUGUCCAUAUGGAACUGAAUGUUACAGGAAAAAUAAAGCACAUUUGAAAGAAUACAAGCACACUAAGAAUCCAACCGUUGGCAGGCCAAAACGGAAAGCUGCUGAAAAGAAAAGUGUUCUGGAUGGUGCUAGCGACGAUGAGAGCCAACCCAAUACUUAUAACUAUGACGACAGUUUUAUAGAUGAUGAAGGUCUUCUUGUUGAAGAAGGCGGUGACGAAUCCUCUUCCUCGUAUGAACAGGAUGCCGACUCAGACUGGGAACCGGAUACUUUAGAAAAAGAUCAAGUUAAAGAUUUAGUUAAAGAGGCUAGAGGCUUUGUCAAAAAUAAAAAAAUGCAGAAGAAAGUUUGAGAUUAUUGCAUAAACCAUGAGCAAAACCAUUUAUUGACAACUCCCCAAAACCUUGGUUGUGGUGAUGUUACAUGAAAAGGUCACAUGACGUAAAAUAUCUGUUUUAAUUGGCCAUAUUAUAAAUAAUUUCAUGUGGAUAGAAAAUGAAAUGUAUUUCACAAUAUUUGAAAAUGUUCUUCCACCUAUUUCAGUGACUGAUAUAUA